AUGACGACUCAGCAGCUGCAGCAACGCGACCUCCUCGUCCUGGUCUGGGUGCAUGGGCUUUCCGGAGCGCAUUGUGCGCAUUCUAGAGGAAGCCCAUCCGGCACUGAACGUGGUGUCGCACGUCUUCCCGGCGUACCAGACAAGAGGCGAGCUGUCAGCCGGAUCGUCCAGUCCACGCGUGAGAAGGAUCCGCUGUGGCCCAACGUGGUCGCGACAAUUGCAUACGACACACCGCACCAACUCAGCCAAGCCGCAUCUUAUGCCGAGACGGCGCGCUCCGUCGCAGGCAACCUGGCCAUGCUAUCCCCAUUAGCGCUGGGAUGGGGAUUCGGCAAAGCGAAGCAGGCCGAGGAUCGGGCCGCCGAAGCCGAGUCAGCGAAGGAACGUUCUCCCGCCGCCGACCCGAACGCGCCGGCCACGCCGGCAGAGAAAGCGGGCGGGUGGUGGAGCGCCAAGACGGCCAUGGGCAUCGGCGCGCUCGCGAUGGGCGCGGCGGCCGCCGCGGGGGCGUAUUAUCGCGAAGACCUGCAGAACACCUUCUUCACCUGCCUUCCCCCCAAGCCGCCCCUCCACCCCGACGAGCGGACAUUCACGAUCCUCCCUCCCACGUCCGACCCACUGCGAGCCUUCUGGCGACCGCAAUACAAUUCGAAAGCCAAAGACGAAAUCGGCGCCCACAUGGGCAUGUUCAACCCCUCCUCCAAUGAUGGAUUUUACGAUUUGGGGUUGCAAGUUAGCAGACUCAUUGCGCGGCGACUGUUGGAUCCCGAGGCGGCGGAUGUGCCGCGUACCCCGCCCUUGGAGAAGAGCCCGGCGCCCGAGCCCGCUGGACCCGCCAAGAGGGCGAGGAAGACGAAGGCCAAGGCGAACGGAGCGCCCGACGAAAAGGACAUUAUCGACCUCACUGGCGAGGAUUAG